CCACAGGGUCAUACAGCGCCUAAGAUUUGAGUUCCGAACCGAAUAUAAUAUUUGUCCAAAAUUUAGUGAUUUUGACAUAUAUAUCUACAUCCACUAGUCGUGCAAGUAGAAUAGAAGAAGAUGGAGAAAGUUAAAGAAAUCCCAUAUGAAAUUGUGCUUCAAAUUCUAACUUAUUUACCCACUAAAUCUUUGGACAGAUUUAAGUGUGUAUCGACAUCUUGGUCCUCAAUGAUUUUCCAGCAUAGGCCUUACGGCGCAUACUCCUAAAUGUCUCGUCGGAUGAUAUUUGCGCCCUCCCAUCGAAUUCAAAGAAAGGCGGCCUCUUUUGCGCGACGAUUCGUAUACCAUUGUGGCUCGAGAAUAAAAUUCAAGAUUUAAAUGCGGAAACAUUUGUUCAUCAAGUAAGUUUGCCCUAUUUGGAUUACGAAAAUAUUACUCCUGUUGUAAAUGGACUUGUUUGCCUUUACAUGGACCAUAAAGUUUCACUUUUUCAUAUUUCUACGUGUGAGGUUAUGAACCUUCCCUUGUCAAGUUUAAAUCUUGAAUUAACUCGUAGAAUAUGGUACGCACUUGGUUUUGAUCCUAUAGACAACGUCUAUAAAUUGCUUAAACUCUGCCUCAUUCAAAAGCCAGAUGAGCCUCACCCCUAUCGCUACAGAAAUCGCUACGAUGAGUAUGGAUUGGUUUGCGACAAUGAGUAUGAAUUGGUUUGCGAGAUCCUCACUCUGGAGACAAGUUUGACCUCGAAAUUGAAAUGGAGGGAAAUAGAUGUUUCAUAUUACUUGUCUAAAUUUUCUUGUGUCAAGGGUCAAAGUUACUAUGUAAAUGGUGUAAUCUUUUGGAAGUUUUGUACAGAGAGAACAAGUGACGAGAUUGUUGCUUUUGAUGUCCACAAAGAAAAUUUCACCACUAUAGAACUUCCAAGAUUGGCCCCAACAAGAAGAUUUGGUCAAUAUGGGGGCAACUUAGCACUAUCUUAUACACAUACUCCAUCAUAUGAUCCUUGGAUUUUGGACAUUUGGGUAUUAGAAAAUCAUGAGAAAACUUUGUGGACAAAGGUUACUAUCAACUUACCAAAGGAAGUACAAAAAUACUUUGAUGAAGCAACACCUAUUGGGAAUUUUCCUAGUGGUGAGUUGUUACUUCUUUGCUUUGAACGUCAGAAGAUGGAGGGCACAUUUUUUACUUAUGAUGCAAUCAAGAAAAAAUUUACCAAAUUGAUGAUUGAGCUACCAAGAUCAUUGGCAUUGGCACGUCGAACGGGAUAUCCUGCUCAUAUGUCUUGUCUUUUCGACAAUAUCAUGUUUAAUAAUGCUGCACUGGAUAAUUUAUUUUAGGAGAUGUAUCAUGUGCUAGCGAUAUUGUUUUGAUGUUCUUAUCAAUAAAUUUG